AUGCCUUCGAGCGCCCAACGCGACGAAACUGAUCCGAAGAGACAAUAUGAUACACGAGUGCGUUGGGAUCAGGACCCAACGACGGCUAAAUUUCUCAGCCUAUUCGCGUUGUCUAUUCGACCGACCGCAAACGGUGCAGGUAUCGGUCCCCUGAUGACUCAAUUUGAUUCUAGCUGCCAAAUUUCUCUGCUCUCCAAGGCCGUAGCACAGAGCUUGGGGUUACGGCCAAUGCCCUGGCGCCCCGGAGGUCAUCUUACUAUCAUCACCGAGUUCGGCAUUUUUGAACCGAAAGAGUACACUACUUGUAUUGUCCAAGCCAGCCAGCUAGUUGACGGAGAUCUCGGCGCAUGCAACGUCGCUCUCGUGGAAGACGAGCAAUUGCGGUCCUGGGGAUUCCAGUUCCUGGUCGGAAAGAAGAUAGUCGACAAGCUUGUGGAGAAGGGUCGACUCCCCAGAGAAGAGCGUGCCCAUAUCGACCUUGGGUUUCACAAAACUUCUCCGAAACAAUCUGCUGCGGUGCCUUGGGCGCCGGCCCAAAGUGUCAAUAGCCAUGAUCGCUACAUCAACAGUCAUCUUCAACCUAAUCUGCUUGAACAGGCAUCAAGCUUCUCGACAAGUUAUACGGGCGGCGGCAACCCAUCCGGGUUUUCAACGAAUGAUGCUGGGCCAAUUUCAACUCCCAGAACAUCCCUUGAUGGCAUGAGGCUUGGAGGUGACUCCGCGAGCGAUGUGCGAACCGUCAACGGUUCCCAAAGUCUCUAUGAACACAGUCAAACACACUCUCACGAUGGUCUUCCUCAAACCGAGCCUUUCGGCGGCAUUUUGAGCAACUUCAAGCACAAAUACCAUGGUCAAGAAGCGAGCAACUCGUCCGAUGCCGCUCAGAUGAGCCUGGCAAUCGGAAACGGGACGAUGUUUGGGACCUCUAGCGCGACAAACGGGGCAGAAAAUGUCAAAUCGCCAAUGCUUGCUCGACACGCUGCUUCGAUGCAAACUCCUUUCGGGUGGCCACAGAGCUCAGCCAAUGGUCAUGAACUAGAACGCUACGAUGGAAUGUUCAUGGGUUCAGCUUCGGACUAUUGCAGCCCAGAUGGAUCCUCGUGUCCUGGCGAUCACCAAGCUCAAGUGACAAGACUUCCGCCGAUUGCCCAAAACAAGGAGAUCACUGCAACGACUUGGAAAAAUUCAGAGCCUGGGGUCCAGUCAGAUAAGUUGCUGCCAUCGCCAGGAGCGGCGCUUUUGCCUGCGAUUCAGGUCACUUCGUCACCCGCAGACAAUUGCAACACUAUCAAUCCCCAGGUCUUGUUUGAGCCUGACAUGUGCAUAGACCCGUCCUUCUUCCCGUUCUGA